AUGCGGCUAAAGACAUCGAUUUUACUGUUCUCAUUGACAGUUCUAUCGAUUACGGCUGAGAAGGAACGGAUGGUCAGUGCAUUUCGAGCUCAUUUCUUUUUUCCAAUUUGUUUUUCAGACGGACGGUUCAGUGUCCCCUCAAGACCAGCACAAACCGGCAGCGCAGCAAAAGCUGAAUUUGAAAUCCGGAAAAGAAAGUGUGGAGAAGUUUGCGAGAGCGUUGGACACAAACAAAGAUGGAUUUGUAGGUCGGUGAUCCUGUUAAUAACUCAGAAUGAAAGUGCUGAGGCUUCAGAUAGAAACGAGAUCCUCGCGUGGGUUUCUGCUUCAUAUCAGAAGACCGUCGACAGAGAAGCCAUCGAGAGAAUGAGCGAAUUAGACGCCGAUGCGAACGGAUUCGUGAGUUUAUUGGGUAGAAGUUGUCGGGAAGCAAAGUGAAACUAUUCAGGUUUCUUGGGAUGAAUACGUGGCUGACUCGUUUCCGGACGAAGAAUUGCACAACAAAGAGGAGGAAACACUGAUUGCGCAGGACAAAAUGUACUUCAAACGUAACAAAUUUUUAGUCGAACCUAACUAAAUUCGAAUUCUGUAUGUUUUCAGAGGCGGACUUGAACGGAGACCACAGGUUGGAUCUGGAAGAACUGGCAAGCUUCAUAAAUCCGGAGCAUCAUCCACAUAUGCACCCGGUGCUCAUCGCUGUCACUCUGCUCGAAAAAGACGCGAACGGAGACGGAGCGAUCGACGAAAAAGAGUUUUUGGGCGAAUUGGACGAUCAGAGAGGGAGCGAAUGGUACACUGUCGAAGUGGAGAGGUCUGUCACAACUCCCAAUGGGCCAAUCGUCUCCCGUUCCAGAUUCCACAACGUGUACGACCUAAACAAAGACGGCAAGCUGUCCGGCAAUGAAUUGAGUGCGUGGCUUCUCAUAGACGGCACCACUGCCGGCUCCUACGAAGCCGAGAGCCUUCUGGCCAACGCGGACGACGACAAGGACGGAAAAUUGUCCUAUGAUGAGAUUCUGGAGCACCACGUACUGUUCGCCAAAACAGAAGCUGCUCAGGAAGCGGACCAUUUGCAUCCGUACUCCCACGACGAGUUAUGA